UUGCCAUUCGCGUCAUGUUGUCCCGAGUCCUUGCGUCGUCGCGUGUGUCUGUGGCGUCCACUUGCGUCAGGGGGUUCGCCGUGUCCGCCGCCGCCGCUCCCGUGAAGGUCCAGCGUCCGAAACACACGGGUCCGCCUACGUUGCAGUCGACGGCCGCUGAAGUCCAGUACCUCGGCACGGUGUACUCAAUUGCCGCGUCAUCGAACCACCUGACCAAGGCCAAGUUGGAGUUCAUCGUGCGCGAAGCCAAGUCGGAAAAGGACUUGCCUCUGGCACGUGAAGCGUUGGAGCUGUAUGAGCGCAACUUUCUGCUCAUCCCCACGCAUUGCACGGGUACCUUUGUGAGCAAGUGCAUCAAGCACAACCAAGCGGACCUGGCGUUGCAGUGGUUGCGCGACAGCAAGUUCUUGUCCAAGCACAUCGUCAACGGUACGUUCUCGCGCCUGAUCGACCACUACAGCGCCGCCGGCGACGUCGACAAGGCCGUCGAAGUGUUCGGCAUCGCCAAGAAGCACAACAUCGAGAUCACCGCCAAGGUGUACACGUCCCUUAUCAAGUACACCCGAUCAUUCAUCUCCAUGCGUUGGUGUGUUGACUGUGUCUUGUCUUGUAGCUUGGGCAAGGCGAACGGCAAGAUCGACUUGGCGGUGGACUACGCUCUCCAAGCAGGGUACGAUCUCCUACUAAGUUUCCAUCGACGCGACUUCCACCACCUCGCUCAUCUUGGUCAUGUGUUGUAGCCAUGCCAAGAUGAUCAACUCCCAUGGCGUGCUGCUUCUUCUGCGCGACCUCCCGGAGCACGACCUCCGCGACCUGAUUCCAGUGGCCAAGAACGUGAUCCACCUUGGAGACGUAUUUUUGAACAAGGAGCUGACGUCGCUGCUGGAGCAAUACGACGAGUCGGCGGCACCUGCGUCCGCCGCCGCCCCGGAAGCCGAUGAAGAAGGUGACGAGGAACAAGUGGUGGCGGAGGCUGACGAGUCUGACAAGGAAGAAGACGGAGAUGCCAAGAAGGACGCCUAAGUUGUCGACUCGAUAUUAGAUAGAACCAGGGGAGGCUGUUGUUAACCGAUCGAUUACUCCCAAUUAUUUUCUGUGUUCACAAUAAUCAAC